GCUGAAGUGAGACAGACCAUCAGCAGUACAGACAAGCUUGUGUUUAUUUAUCUGUACGCCGACUGGUGCCCCCAAUGUCGAGUCAUACGAUUUGAGUACUACGAUCAACACCAUACGUAACAUCCACCGAGCAGAGUUCGAGAAUAUAGACUACCCACCGGGUCCGGAGGACGAACAGGACGAGGAAGCAGAAGAAAACUAAUAAAAUCUCUUACAUGACUUUUUGUCUUCCAUGGGCCCAAAGCUUUGCUUUCGUCUUUUGCAUGUGUGUGUGUGUGUGUGUGUGUGUGUGUGUGUGUGUGUGUGUGUGUGUGUGUGUGUGUGUGUGUGUGUGUAUUCUCAGUCGGUGAUUCUUGUUUUUGUCUCUUUAUAAAAAGUUCCAUUUUGUUCACUGAUUUCCGCUCUUGGGUAAUUAAAAAAAAUUAGAAAGCACUUUACGAAGAGUCAUUCUCUGUUAAUCUGUUUUCACCGAGUAUCUGUUCAGUCGCCCGAUUUUACAUAGAACAUUUUAAAUCCAUCCGUUUAUACAGAGUAUUUUCCGUUAUCUGUUUCUACGGAGCAUACUUUUCAGUUACGUUUCCACAACGUGCACUUCACAUGAAUGUACCCCAUUACCGUUUAAUUGCAUUUUUGCAAUGUGCGAGCGAAUAGGUAAUGAUACCAGGCCACAUAACUAGAGUAAAAGGGGAGAGGCCUGGGGGCUGAGAGAGGAGACAAAAUAUCAGGUGUGACAGAAAACCAGGUGUACUUUAGUGACAUGGUUUUACAAAGCAACAUCUUGGCUCAAAUUAUAUACUUUAGGCUGUGAUAUACAUAUUGGUAUAUCUCUUUUUCUCCUUAUUUUCUUCACGUUAUGUACUUCGCCCACUCGGCAAAAAUUAAUUGUUCUGUCAGUGAAAUCACUUCAUAUGUGUCUGUUAGGGGGCUCAAUUCAAAUAGAGUGUCGAAAAUUCAUCCGUGACAGUGAAACAGUAUAGAAAACAGGCUUCAUUUUAUUUGUCCACUUUAGUAAAGAGGAGUAUAUAGGCAAGAUAACAGUAGUAGUAAAUUAUUUGUAGGCUCGAAACUCACCUGAUUUUGGAUAGUGUUCUAAACUCACCUUGUUUUUGGGUAGUGUUCUAAAUCGAAGUGGUUUUGGGUAGUGUUCUAUAUCGACCUGAUUUUGGGUAGCGUUUUUGGGUCGAGGUGAUUCAUGGUAGUGUUGUAUGUCCAUGUGAUUUUUG